GCCGCGCGUUCGCGCCGCCAUCACUUAACUCUCUCGCACUUGAUGCAGUCCCAUGGACUAAGUGGAGCUACCUCAAAGAGCACGCAAGAUGACCAUCAGCACCCUGGCUAGAGGAGGCUACCACCGGGAACAAAUGGCAUGCUUCCGAAAGAUGGAGAAGGUGAUUGUGGCCAUGCAGGACCCGGACAUGGGCGUGAAGAUGAGGAACCAGAGGCUCCUUAUAACGGUCAUCCCGCACGCCAUGACAGGCCGUGACAUCAUCGAGUGGCUCAUCCACAAAUACAACAUAGGCGAGGAAGAGGCUUUGCAUCUUGGAGGCAUGCUGGUGAGGUUUGGCUACAUUUACCCUCUCAAGGAGCCCCGAUUGCUUGUGCUACGUCCUGACGAAUCGCCCUACCGUUUCCAGACUCCUUACUUCUGGACCAAUACUCGAUGGCCUCCCUCUGAGCUGGACUAUGCAAUCUACUUGGCUAAAAAGAACAUCAGAAAACAAGGAGAGUUAAUGGAAUACGAAAAGGAGCGGUACAGUGUGUUGCACAAGAGGAUCAACCACACCUGGGAUUUUGUGGUGAUGCAAGCCAGAGAGCAACUCAGGGCAUCCAAACAGAGGCGGAAGGCGGACCGUAUUGUUUUGGAGUGUCAGGAGCAGGCUUACUGGCUCGUCAACAGAACACCGCCCGGGGUGCAUAAUGUGCUGGACAUGGGUCUGGAAAGGCCAAGCAACUGCAAUUUACGAGUCACACUGAAUAGCGAUUACUACAAAAGAGAGAUGGAAAUGUGUCGAAGGUCUCUCGGAAGAAACCGUGUCAAGUCCUCCAUCUGCCUGGAGAGUUUUUUGAAAUUCAGUGAGCAGUACCAGAACCACGAUCCCAUUAUGCAGGGUUGUCUUCCCAGUAAUCCCUGGAUCUCUGACGACACCGCACUUUGGAGCAUGAAUGCGGACAUCGUGCCCACCCCGACACGCCUCCGAGUGGAACGUUGGAGCUUCAGCUUCAUGGCACUUCUCAUCGACACUAUGGGGAGACGGCAAUUCAUGACUUACCUGGAGAAAGAAUUUAGUGCGGAGAAUUUGUGUUUCUGGCAGGCCUGUGAAGACGUUAGACAUGGAGAAAGUUCCAAGAUCAAUGAGAAGGUGGAAGAAAUAUACAAAAACUUCUUGGCGCCCGGAGCUGCCCGCUGGGUGAACAUCGACAGUAAAACCAUGGCGACGACUUUGGAGGGCAUCCAACGGCCUCAUCGCUUUGUCAUGGAUGACGCGCAAAUGCACAUCUACUUCCUCAUGAAGAAGGACUCUUAUCCCAGAUAUCUCAAAUCUGACCUUUACAAGAACAUGCUGGCCAGAGCUAUUAUUCCACAGGAGACAAAAAAAAGUGUGUUCCCCUUUAUGAGGAGACAACGGCACUCAAGCCCCUCCCCCGCCAAGGCUGUUACUCAGGAAGACGGGCUCGCCAAAGGGUCUGGGCAGGCAGGGCCCAGCUCUGCGGCCGUCUGAUGCCAGGUUAAAGCACUAAAAACAAGUCCACCUUGGUCUCAUUCGUGUCUAUGUGGUCAACAUAGUAAAGGUUCUCAUCUUGGACUGCUGAUUUCAGUUUCCUUCACUGCUCCAUUGGAGGGUUGGGCGAGAGGAGGGGGGCGGGGGCACUUUUCAUCCUUAUCUAUGGUAACAUUUUGUCCUCCAUCUUGUCGCACAAUACGGCAAAGGUGGACGCAUCGGUAAAUUUUGCUGGUCCGUCAUUCGUCAUUCCAUCAUCGUCAGUCUGUCAUUAUUUCUCGCCGCAGCAAAUCUAAAAUUGUCAGUUGGUCUCUCCGCCAUCGUUACUUUAACCACCCUACCCAUCAUCGCUAAAUGACAGUUUCUCACCACUAUUGAAGGACCGACAUAUUUUCAUCUUCUACUAACAUAGGUUACCACACAUCUACAGCUGUGCGGCGGCUGAAAUAAAAAGCAGUAGAGUCAUUCAGUCAAAAAUUCAGAUAGAUAGAUAUUCUCUCUAUGACAACACAAUAUCCACAGCAUGUAUAACAGAGACAUAUAGCCUGUUUGUGGAGCACCGUAGCUUUCUAUCCACAUGCCACAUUAAUCAAAUGUAAUACCAAAAGCACCAGCAAGUUCAUAAAAGAGCAUUCAGUGGU